AUGAAGUUUACCUCACUUUCCCUUUGGGGAGUUUUAUUAUUACUUUCGGUUGAUUUUAUUUGCGGAGGAACCGAUUAUUAUCAACUUCUGGAUGUUCAUCGCUCAGCAUCACAACGGGAAAUCAAAAAAAAGUACAAACAAUUAUCAAAAAAAUACCACCCUGAUAAGAAUCCUGGUGAUAAAGAGGCAGAACAAAAGUUCGUUCAGCUAGCUGAAGCAUAUGAAGUAUUAUCAGACGAGACCAAGCGUUCUAUAUAUGAUAAGUACGGUGAGGAAGGGUUAAAACAACACGGCUCGGGCGGUACAAAUUUUCAUAAUCCAUUUGAUAUCUUUGCUAAAUUCUUUGGCGGAUCGGGGCACUUUGGAGAUUCUUCGCAAACUGAGCGCCAAGGGCCAACCAUAGUCAUGGAUAUAGAAGUAGACUUAAAAGAGUUAUAUUUAGGAACUCAAGUUGAAGUGGACAUUUCCAAACAAGUGAUUUGCUCCCAUUGUAGGGGAAGUGGUGCUAAAAGUGAAGAUGAUGUCAUAACAUGCGAUGCUUGUAGUGGGCGAGGUGUUAAAGUAGUUAAACAGAUGCUUGGACCGGGAAUAUUUCAACAAUUCCAUUCCACGUGUGAUUCAUGUGGAGGAAAGGGUAAAAUUGUGAAGUCUAAAUGCCCUAUUUGCAGUGGAAGAAAGGUUCUACGCGCGAACGAACAGUUAACUGUUGUUAUAGAUCGAGGGAUGAAAGAUGGAAACACUGUGGUUUUCGAAAAAGAAAGUGAUGAGACACCAGAUACGAUACCUGGAGAUAUUAUAUUUAAAAUAAAAACGCUUCCACAUUCAAUAUUUGAAAGAAAAGGAGAUAAUCUAUAUAAAAAAGAAACUAUUUCAUUAAUUGAUGCGCUUACCGGUUUUGAAAGAAAUUUUACACAUCUUGAUGGUAGAAAUGUCACAAUAAAACGUGAUACAGUGACACAGCCAAAUUUUGUUCAAGUUAUUAAGGAUGAAGGUAUGCCUCGGCAUCGAACACAACUUAAAGGUGACUUAUAUGUGGAAUACACAGUAGUGUUUCCUUCAGUCAUUGAUGAUGCAACAAAAGAAG